CUGCACCGCACUGUAAGCGCUAAGGCAGCAGGGCUCGUCUGAGAUUCUGACAGGAGGCGUAACGGAGGCUGCAUCGGGAACCUAGACAAAAAGAUAACACAGAAUGGCGGUGAACGUAUACUCCACAUCUGUAACCAAUGAGAACCUGAGCCGACAUGACAUGCUGGCAUGGGUGAACGACUCUCUCCAGCUCAGCUACACCAAAAUAGAGCAAUUAUGUUCAGGUGCAGCAUAUUGUCAGUUCAUGGACAUGUUAUUCCCAGGGUGUAUUUUUCUCAAGAAGGUGAAAUUCCAAGCAAAGUUGGAACACGAGUAUAUACACAAUUUCAAAGUUCUUCAAGCAGCUUUCAAGAGGAUGAGUGUGGACAAAAUAAUCCCAGUGGAAAAGCUUGUCAAGGGGAAGUUCCAAGACAACUUUGAAUUCGUCCAAUGGUUCAAGAAAUUCUUUGAUGCCAACUAUGAUGGAAAAGAGUAUGAUCCUCUUCAAGCUAGACAGGGUCAAGACAUCGCUCCUCCCCUGAAUCCAGGUGAACACUUUUCCCACAAACCCAAGAGAACUGGUCCAGGGCCACAGAGAACAUCGCCCACAGUCCCCAAAAACAUGCCCACGCCACAGAGGGUGAUGACCACGACUGUCAGGAAGAACCCCAGUCUCACUCGGAAUGGAGGUGGCGAUGCUGAGAUCAUGGAGCUUAAUCAACAGUUAAUGGAACUGAAGUUAACUGUAGACGGUCUGGAGAAGGAAAGAGAUUUCUACUUCAGCAAACUGCGAGACAUUGAGCUGAUCUGCCAGGAACACGAGAACGAGAACAACCCCAUCCUCACUCGGAUAAUCAACAUCCUUUAUGCCACAGAGGAAGGAUUUGCAGCGCCAGACGAUGAGGAAAUAGACGAGCAGGCCCACUUGGACCAGGAUGAAUACUAAGUGCUCCCUUCCCGUCCCUCCCUACCCAUGUCCCCAUUCUUCUUGCCCCUCUACCCCCACCCCCAUCCCCUUCACUUUGCAAUUAUUCCCCCAUUGCACGCUGUUGAUAUCUCCUCCAUUACCUCUGUAUCUAUGGAUGCCCUGUAUGUACUAAGUAUCUGUUUGUCUACUUCUACUACAGUUCAUGCACUACACCUCAGAGGCCCAGUACUACCUGCUUCACCCAGACAAUAGCAUCAGCAGUGAUAUAUCCUAGUCAUCUCAGCAUGUUUUACAUUUCGACACGGAGAAUGAACACGAACAAGGCAUCAGACGCUGAGGGUAGCACAAUGGACUUAACGCAGUAAAUGUUACGAUGAGAAAGUAUUUUUGAAGAAAAACCAAAAAAAAAAAAAUAGGAUGCUGCCUGGAAUGCAGUUAUUCGCCUUAGAUCUCCUGCAUAUUUUGUCAUCGCUCUGUACUUGCUCUGUUCAUUAAGGUCAUUCUAUAAAAUAGUUACGUUACUGACAAGCUAGCACAAUAAUAAGUAAAAAUACUGUGAAUUCUGCCAGUCUGCCAUGCUUGGAUUUGCUAUUUUGGGUCUUUCUGGAUAAAGCAAUUACAAAGGUAUAAUAAAGGAAGUUUAGGAAGACAAAAGAAAAAAAGAAAGGGGCAUUUUAAAAUGAAAAGGAAUAAAGAAACCAAACUCAAAGAAUGUAACACAUUGCCCUUUUACCGUUUAGUUAGGUAUUACAGUACAUAUCUAAUGGGAGCAUGUGAAUGUUAUACAUGUAUAGUGAAUGAAUGAUAUAUUUGUUUUUUUUUCCUUUUAAUGGAGUUUUGGCUCAGUUUGAUUGAUUCAAUACUGCUCAUACACAUUUCACACAAUGAAACUACUGUUGGAAUGAAAGUGGUAAUUGAUACUAAUCAAUCAGAACAGUGACACUACUGAUCAAAUGGCAUUUAAUUGAGGUAUUGCUGCUAAUUGUACUGCAUUUAUGUAUCUUAUUUUAUUAUUUAUUUUAUUCUGCUAUUGACUAGCAUGAGCUGUGUUUUUGUGACUAUGUUAGGAGUUAAGGCCCAGAUGUGAAGGAACUGAAUGCUGUUUGCUAGAAGCAUUGUGCUGCCUUUACAGUCUGAAUCCUCACCCAUCUGCAUCGAGACUGUCUCAGUCAUCCUUGUUUUGUCUACAUUAAAAAAAAAAAUGGACAUGAUAGUCUUUGCAUAAAUUGUUUUGCGUUUUAUUGAGUAAAUAAACAGUUGUAAAAA